AUGUUCCUUCUCAACUUCUUCAUUCUCGCUCUCGUCGAUGCCCGAGCAGUCGUCGCUCCUGAAAUUGCUCAAGGAGCAACUUCUUCUUCUAGCAAACACAUCCGCCUCUACAGUCGUACUGGCCGAUUCAUGUCCAUCAACAAUCGCUCCGUCGGCCAAUCUCGCUUCAACUCGAUCGACUCCGUCCUCGAGCUCGUCAGAACCGACUCCGGACUCGUCAUUAAAUCCCCCGUCUCAGGUCGCUUCCUCAGCAUCACCAACGCCGGCCGAGUCCGAACAACAACCUCCUUCUCCACCGCCGCCUUUUUCGAACAAGAAAAAAUCCGAGAAAACAACUUUUCGACCUUCAAAAUCGCUGGAAAGGAAAACUGCCGACUCAUGGCUUCUCGACUUCGCUAUCGAGUUAGCUGCAGCGAAAAAACGAAGCGAAAUUCGGCCAAAGUCUUGUUUUUGGCAAAACGAGCUCAUAUUCCUCUUCGAUAUCUCGCUGCUGAUCCAAAGCUCAACUGCUUGGGCACGCAUACCUACAAUGAGGACUUGUCGGACAAUGGCUUCCUUGCUGAGCUUGGAGAGGGACUCGAGAUAGUAAGAGUUGUUUCCGGAAGAGGGCUGCUGCCAGAGUAUGAUCCAGCGGGAGAGGGUGUCGACUACUACGAUCCAUACUAUGGACAGAUGACCUACCACAAAGUCGGCGACACGGUCAGAGUUGGAUGCAAGCUUGGCUAUAGCAACGCUAUCGCCAAGGAAUUUACCGGCGCAAAAUGCCUUUGCUCCAUGGGCAGCUGUUCUUUCGCCCUGAACAAUGCUGCCUACCGUUGUGUUCCAGACACAACCGCGGCAAUUCCAGUCUGGCAAGGAGGAAACUUCAACUACGUCAAGGGUGUCUACGAUAACUACUUCCUGAUGAAGGCUCGAAUCAUGAACUUGAUGUCGGUAGAGAAAUGGGAUUGGGACCAGUACAAUCAUGUCACCAACACAUUUGCCGUUAAUCCGCAGUAUUGGACGACCGCGAAAUUCACGCUUUUCGUUUUCUGUCCAUUCGACGUGACUCAAGGCGGUCUUAACUCAGACGGCAUCAUCAACUUCCCCGAUUUCUACUAUUCAGAGCACUCGGCUGAUGGAAAGCUUUGGUCGUUCCUAUCUAGAGAGCCAACUGUUUUGGACAAGAUUGCCUGUAACGGUGGUGUUUGCGACAGUGGCAAUCACUACUUCAAAGGAUACAUUGGUUGGAGUCCAAACGCAAAUAACAGAGGACCGGUCGAUAUUGCUGACUAUACUUGUGAAAUCGGUAUUCUUCCUGAACAUCGACCAACCGCGAUCGCAGAUCUUGUCACGAACUUCGACGCUUUUGCCGGCGGAAACUUCGACAAAAUGACCAAUUAUUUGCGAAGUGCUCCCUUCAAAGUUAACGAUCUCUAA